GACUUUGAGGUAAAAGCCAGCAGAGGCGCUUCAUUUCUUCACUCCGCCCGCAGCAGCUCGGUUUAUACUUCACUCCUCCGUCAUUCCAGCUAUGAGUGAGUUCACAGAAGACCAAAUUCUUGAAUUCAAAGAGGCCUUCCUCCUGUUUGACCGGACGGGAGAUGGGAGGAUCUGCUACAGUCAGUGUGGAGAUGUGAUGCGGGCUCUCGGCCAGAACCCAGUCAAUGCUGAAGUGCUCAAGGUUCUAGGCAACCCCAAGGCUGAGGAGAUGAACACCAAAAUGCUGGACUUUGAGCAGUUCCUGCCCAUGCUCCAGGCCAUUGCUAAGAACAAAGACCAAGGCUCGUUUGAGGACUUUGUGGAGGGACUGCGAGUCUUUGACAAAGAAGGCAACGGUACAGUAAUGGGGGCUGAGCUUCGCCAUGUUCUCACCACACUGGGAGAGAAAAUGACCGAGGAUGAGGUAGAAACACUCCUAGCUGGACAUGAAGAUGCCAAUGGCUGCAUCAACUAUGAAGCAGCAGCAGCAGCUCACUCUGGGCCCCUGGCUGUGGCAUGCUCUCUGCAUGCGUCUGGCCCAGCACUGCGUUGGUCACAUGGGCUCGGCUGGAUUACUUUCACGCUGCACAAGAACACAAGCAGUUCAAGCAUGUGUGUAUACAUAUUGGAGACCUAGACAGAACUUGUGCGGAUGGUGAUGAACGGUUGAAGAUGAUAAAGAAAUCAACAAAUUUCGGUCUCCUUGUCUCCGUUUUCUGUUUUUUGUGGUUUUUUUGCAAUUCCUUUCGUUCGUUCAUUCCUCUCCACGUCUUUUGCUUCUCCAUUCCAGAUGUUGGUUUGCACUCAUGUUUUUAUUUUCAGAAGUGCCUUUAUCUUCUCCCUAGUUAAGAUCCCUCAUCAUGAGUGUCCAGAAAACAGUGAGAUUAAAAGCACAUAGCUGCGUGAAGGAGAAAACUCUGCAAUAAAACCUCUUCAUGUAGUAACAUCAUCUGAGAUGCAGUAUAUAAAGUCAAUCCUCAGGCGCUUUAGUGAUGGACACUGUUUGUUUUAUAGCAGGGCAGUUGCAUCUUCCUUCAGCUGCCUCAUACGGUUAAGGGGCAAUCUUAUGCAGAAAACCUUAAUAUCUGAACUAAAAGGUCAUGUUUCAAAAUGUACCGUUUUCAGUUUUGUUCUUCCUCUGAAUGUUUUUGGCCUGAAAUAAAAUACAUUUGAAAAUAUA